GAAACUAUUUUAAGUGGUGAUUAUCUAACCUCAAAUAUUUAACCUAGAAUUAAACUAAACUCAUAUUUAAUAAAUGGUCGAAUUUUAUUAAUUCUAACUAUAAAUGUGCCCCAAGUAUUAUUGUAAUAUUUAAAAAUGCUGUCUAAAAGAUAUUGUCUUAUUCUGAAUAAACUAAGGGAACAACAAACAUGUUUGACUGGGCACUGUAGUUUCAAGAUUGAUUGUACUAAAGGAAAUGAUAGUAAACCUGAAAAGGAAAGUUCUAACGUUCCGUUAAACAGUGAGGAAACUAAAAGAAGAGUAGCUUUAACAAACCAAGUAACUAAAGAAGAUUUGCAAUGGCGUAAACCAUGGAAAGAUGAAUUUAGAGGCUACUUCACAGUCUUUCGAAACUUUUAUUCAGAAAAGAGUAAUACGGAAUUGAUCAAGUUUCUCUCCAGUCCAAUUGAUUUAUCACCCUCAUCUAUAAAAAAGUGGUGGAUGAAGAAACAGAAAGAAAAACAAAUUGUAAUGCAAGGCUAUAUUCCAGAGAGAGUUGAAGUUCUUGGCUGUGAACUGGCAGCAGCCCACUUCAUUGUUUUUAGAGGAGGUGCAGUAAAAUUUUUUCAAGAUGAUAAAUGGAUUAAAGCAGAUGAAGAUGGAAACUACAGCUUACCUAGGACUUAUGCAGAGGGCAAAUUUUUACAAGGAAUCGAUUGCUCUGAAGUUGAUCUACACUAUGAAGGCCUAGUCAAUUUUAGAAAUUUGCGUCAAGUUGAAUGGCUAAGCUUUAAUAAUUGCAAAUAUAUAGACGACUGGUGUUUAGACACAAUAAGCAAUAUUUUUAGUGAAACCUUAAUCUAUCUGGAUUUACGUAAUUGUUCUAAUAUUACACAUAGAGGAAUAGGAGCAUUGCAUAAGAUCAAAACACUAAAAAUAUUGUACCUCGACUCUAUGUAUAAAGGUCAAGAACUCGAAAUGACUUGUAUUCUGUUACAAGAGCUGCUACCUGAUUUAGAUAUACGUAUGAUUGAUAGUUAGAAUUAUUAUCUUUCUCUUGUGUUAUUUAUUUAAUAAAUUAUUCUUAUUAUACUAAA